GCAGUACAGGUCUGGGCCCGAACCGUAAACAUCAGACGCACCAAAGCAGGAACUUACAGCAGGACUCUUGAUGAAUUCAUUGGACCUGAUGGAAUUCUGAAGCGGCUUGUUUUGUUGUUAUGGAAGCGUUAUACCCAGUAGAUGUGAAUGAAUUCGGUUGUCGGAAGCAGAGUGAAGUGGACGAAGACGAAGAGAACCGCAGCCCGGAUCGGGCCUGGAGCCGGGGACACCUGUGACCAGGAGGCGCUUCAUCACCCUGAUCAUCAUCAUCAUCAUCAUCAUCCUCCUCCGCGUUUCUACCACCUUCUAGUCCUUCUCUCUCCGCUCCUGUCUCUUUAUUCAGUGCUUGGGGUGCUGUUUUCGCGACUGUGUGCACUGCUAGCCUUGUUUUUCAGGCCCUUCUACCGCACCAUGGCCACCAAGCCGAAGGAAGGGGACGGUAACGCCACCGGAGAGCUGAUCAAGAGGCAUCACAAGCAGGCCUUUGAGUUCAUGUCAGUGGCUCUGCGCAUCGACGAGGAUGAGAAAGGACACAAAGAUGAGGCAGUGCAGUGGUACCGUAAGGGCAUCUCUGAGCUGGAGAAAGGCAUCUCCAUCAAGGUCACAGGCUCCGGGGACAAAGCAGAUCAAGCCAGACGACUCCAGACUAAAAUGAAAAACAACUUGGCUAUGGCCACAGAGCGUCUGCAGCUGCUGGCCAAGCUGAGCCCAGAUUCCUCGCUUGCUGUAAACCCAGACAGCAUUAACCCUCCUCUCUCCAGCGAGAGCCUCCGCCCAGUCACUGUCGUUGUACCUAAGAAGACGGACUCAUCUAUGGUAAAGGUGAAGCCCACCAGACCUCCAUCCAGCGCCCCCCAGCGUGCGUCCAGCUUCACUGCACCAUCUGCAGGACGAACAGGACCCCAAACCAACCACAGGGUUCCAGCAGGUCAGGUUGCUGCCAGAGGAAAAACGAAAGCCAGCGCUGCUCCUUCAUCCACUCCACAGAGGAAAAGAGACAUGAAGAACUUUAAAAAUGUGGACAGCAAACUGGCCAACCUCAUCCUCAAUGAGAUAGUAGACAGUGGCUCAGCGGUGAGGUUUGAUGAUGUAGCAGGUCAGGAGUUGGCGAAACAGGCACUGCAGGAGAUUGUGAUCCUGCCAGCACUGCGGCCUGAGUUGUUUACAGGGCUGAGAGCUCCAGCCAGAGGACUGCUGCUGUUCGGGCCUCCUGGUAACGGGAAGACCAUGCUGGCAAAAGCCGUUGCCAUGGAAUCCAGCGCUACUUUCUUCAACAUCAGUGCUGCCAGUCUGACCUCCAAAUACGUUGGUGAAGGUGAGAAAUUGGUACGCGCUCUGUUUGCCGUUGCUCGAGAACUGCAGCCGUCCAUCAUCUUCAUCGAUGAAAUAGACAGUCUCCUGUGUGAAAGGAGAGAAGGAGAGCAUGAUGCCAGCAGGAGACUGAAGACUGAGUUCCUCAUUCAGUUUGAUGGGGUACAGUCAGGAGGAGAUGACCGGGUGCUGGUGAUGGGAGCCACAAAUCGUCCUCAGGAGCUGGACGAGGCGGUGCUCAGGCGCUUUGCGAAGAGGGUUUACGUGACCUUACCCUCAGAGGAGACUAGGCUGAAGCUGCUGAAGAAUCUACUGAGUAAACAUGGCAACCCACUGACACAGAAAGAGCUCUGUCAGUUAGCCAGGAUGACUGAUGGUUACUCAGGCAGUGAUCUGACCUCCUUAGCUAAAGAUGCUGCACUGGGCCCCAUACGAGAGCUUCGUCCAGAGCAAGUCAGGAACAUGGAUGCAAACGAGAUGAGGAACAUCCGUUUCUCGGAUUUCACCGAGUCUCUGAAGAAGAUCAAGAAGAGUGUCAGUCCUCAGACUCUGGAGCAGUACACACGCUGGAACCGGGAGUAUGGAGACACCACGGCUGUAUGACGCACACAUACAAAAGAGAAACACUCCUCCUCAUGUGACCUCUGGACUGUGACCUGAGACGUUAUUGAUGUUUUUUUCCAAUCACAUGAACUGUUGUUAAACCCUGCUGUUUAUACCGUUUACAAUUGGAGUUCAGAUGAUUUUGAACGUGAGCUUGUUCUUACUGUGAUUGAGCAGAGCUGAGAUUUGGGAGAUGACACUGACUUGGGAGGAGCCAAUUGACACAAAUCACCGGUGAAGGAAGAAAGGAUGAUUAUUUUGUUUUAAGUGUUAACUUUUGCCAGAAGAAACCAGGCUUCCACAUUAUACAUCACACAUCUUCGGGUAUUUUUGUUCUCUUACUGCAUGCAAAAAAACAAGAACCGGCACCCGACAUACGCUGAGGUUUUGGGUACUUUCGGGGACUGGAACGUAAUUUCAGUGACAUCAUCAGUAGUGUGCAUCAACACGUGCAGUUAAGUUGAACGUGGAAAUAUGUUCAGAUUUUCUGGCUGUUUUUGUGACAUAUUUAGUGUGACAGAAAGGCUCAGUGAUUACAGAUACUUAAAUUGUGUUAAUGCUAAAACAAAACAUUACAACCUUUUUAAUUACCGCCGUGAAAUAAAACGACAAACUGCAAUAUUCUGAAAUAUUCUUAGACAUGGAUGGCUUUUUUUUUUAACAAACUCAGCACCAACAAUCAUAACUCGCGUAUAUUUAUUUUAAUAUUAAACAAUCUAUAAUCCACAAUAUAGCCCCGCCCCCUCUGAGGAUGCGUCUGGCGGAUCUUCGCAUCGGUGCCUUAGCUUUCCUGCAGUUUCUUGAUAUGAAUUUCAGGCUGUUCAAUUAAGGCAGAGCCUGAGAUGUGUGCUGUAGCAGAAACAGGCUCUGAUCUCAGCUUUGCCGUUCUUUCUACAGAGUCGGUAGUGAAUAACCCAAGUAAGCUCCGUAAAUGGUACAGAAUUGCAUGGAACAAGAACUGCCAAAAAGUCUUGUAUUUAAAGCAAUAACUUGUAAAACAUGAUGUCAGAGGAGAUGUACGCUCUGUAUUGUGUGUAGUAUUUAUUGUAAGAGCCAGAAAACCUAAAUAUAUAUUGUAAAUUUUAAGAGUUUGAGGAAUUGUGUGUUCGUUUUCGCUCUGUCUAUAGUGCCAGUGUUUACCAGCAGGGGGCAGCAGAUACGCAGCAAAUCUAUGGCUCACUGCAAAAUAAAUGAAGCCUGAAGGUGUAGAGAAGAAAUAUUGCAGAAGAUUAAAGUAUGUUUUUGUGUAUUUGA